AUGGGAGCGUGCAUGUCAAAGUCGACAGACGGGCCGCCCGCGAAAGGCGGCGGCACGGCCGCGGCCAAGCGGAGCCGCAGCCAGAAAAUAGCCAAAGGUGCGAGGGCCGCGGAGGAGAAAGAGGCGGCGGCCGGCGCGGGCUCCGGAGACAGGUCGCAGACGGGCCACACGACGGACUCGAGCUCGGGCGCGGAGGAAAAGGCCGCGACGAGCGCCAAGGGCGCGGCGCCGGACCGGCCGCGGUUGGGCGGCGCUGUGCCAGACAAUAGCAAGCGGCAGCAGUCAGUAGUAUCGUCUAACAGCGGCGGUUCCACGGGUCCAUCCAUGGGCUCGCUGUCGAAGUCUGGCGGCGGGUCAACGGACUCGAACCGCGCGCUGAAAGUGCUGCUGCUGGGCUCCGGCGAGAGCGGCAAGUCCACAGUGCUCCAGCAGCUCAAGAUCCUGCACCAGAACGGCUUUUCCAACGAAGAGCUGUUGGAGUUUAAACCCUUUAUUUUUGACAAUAUCAUCGAGACUGGCAAAGACAUCAUCAACGCGCGUCUCAAGUUCCACGCAACGCUGGAGCCCGAGUCCGGUCUCUCAGAAGAGGACCUCCAGGGUGUCCUGAACUUCAACACGCCCGGCGCGCAACUGCAGCAGUUCCCGGCAGACCUGCAAAAGACACUGUCAAAUCUGUGGUCGCUGCCCUCUACACAGGAGCUCAUCACCGGCGAGCACAGGUCGUCCUUCUACCUGAUGGACUCGGCAAGGUACUUCAUGGACAAUCUGCCCAGGGUUGCUGCCGAAAACUACAAGCCAACCGUCAGGGACGUGCUUCUGUCCAGGAAAAAGACCUCCGGUAUCUUCGACACCUUGGUUGAAAUGGACUCGAAUCUCAAAUUGCACAUAUACGACGUGGGCGGUCAAAGAAGUGAGCGCAAGAAGUGGAUUCAUUGUUUCGACAAUGUUACGUUGAUCAUCUUUUGCGUUUCGCUCUCUGAGUUCGACCAAACCCUGCUAGAAGACAAAUCACAAAACAGACUAGAAGAAUCAUUGAUCUUGUUUGACUCUGUUGUUAACAGCAGGUGGUUUGCGAGAGCGUCAAUAGUUUUGUUUUUGAACAAGAUUGACGUGUUCGCCGAAAAAAUCCAGCAUGUUCCUCUUGAGAGGUUCUUUCCCGACUACACAGGUGGCCAAGACAUCAACAAGGCUGCUAAGUACAUUUUGUGGAGAUUUGUUCAGCUCAAUAGAGCCCACUUGAACAUAUACCCACACGUCACACAGGCCACAGACACUUCAAAUAUCAAGUUGGUGUUUGCAGCCAUCAAAGAAACCAUCUUGGAGAACAGUUUGAAGGAUUCAGGAGUAUUAUGA